AUGUUUAGAAUUGCGAGGCCUAGCAUACUGGGUGUCAUUUCUCUGGCCGUCAUUCAUUCAAGCCUUUCAUCUGCAAGUCCCUCCGAAAUGCGCUUCGCAAACGCCUGGCUUGCCUUUGUUCCCGUUGCGACUCAAGCUCUCGGUGUCGCCGCCGAACUCUGCACCAUUGACAUUCUUUUCCGGGGCAGGAGAGUCACCUUCAGAAACAUUCCAUCCGGAAGCUUCCAGCAGACAGAGGUCCAAGGUAAACGUUGCAUCAUCUCCGUUGAUGAUUCGUGCCAGCCUACCCAGGUUGGGCUUGACCAAAAUUAUUGGUCGGUGAAGCUGAGGGAGGAAGCACUAGGACUUUGA